UUGAAAGUGACGUGGAACUGAAAAUAAAAUUCUUAUUGUUUCAUGUGCGAAUACUUUAGUGGCGAUAACACUGCCUAAUAAUAAUGAAGCGUGAAUUGUUAACGGAUUCAUCUUCAUUGUCAUCGAGAGAAAGUGAAUGUUUCUCAGCAACAUGUAUUAAAGAUAAAAAGCAGGAAGGAAAAGUUCGUUUAGCUGUCAUCAGUGGAUUUUUUGCAACUGGUGGAAGUCUGUUUGGUAAACUUGCUGGAAAUAUUGAGUUAGAUUCCAUAGUUGGGAUGUUAUUUAAAGGAAUACUCCUAAUACUAAUGGUAACAAGCAACACCGUGGGAUGCACGUUUUUCGUAAAAGCACUCAAUGCCAGCGGAUCUUCUUUACCGUGUACAAUAGCGAGUGCCGCCACUAGUUACGUAUGCUCGGCUCUUGCUGGUUUUUUAGUCUUCAACGAAUCAACGUCAAUGUAUUGGUGGUGCGGUAUAUCUUUCGUUAUUCUAGGUCUAUUGCUUAUUUGUCAUGUUCCAUCGAAAAAAGAUGCUGCGCCUUCUGUGAAGAAGUCGAAGGAAGAAUAAUUUCGGAAAACAAUUUAGAAAUUUUUUACCAUAUUCUUCUUUUUGUACA